GGCUGCCGAGGCAAGAGGAAGAUGGCGGCGGGGGCGCGGUGAGGUGUUGGCAGUAGAAAGGGGUUCGGGUGCGGGGGGCGGGAGAACGCGGAGAGAUGGCCCGCGCCGGCUGCAGGGCCGGAUGAGAAGCGGUCGCGCCGCGGGUGUAGGAGAGAGGAGGGCGCCCGGGCGCCACGAGAGUAUGACGGGGCUGUAUGAGCUGGUGUGGCGGGUGCUGCACGCUCUGCUCUGCCUGCACCGCACGCUCACCUCCUGGCUCCGUGUUCGGUUCGGCACCUGGAACUGGAUCUGGCGGCGCUGCUGUCGGGCCGCCUCCGCCGCGGUCCUAGCGCCGCUCGGCUUCACGCUCCCCAAGCUCCUGGCUGUCGGCAGGAACGGCAGGAACCGCCGUCACCACCGGCAUCCGCGCGGGGGGCCGACCCCGGUCGCCGCCCACCCGCGGCUACGCUGGCGCGCGGACGGCCGUUCCCUGGAGAAGCUGCCUGUGCACAUGGGCCUGGUGAUCACCGAGGAGGAGCAGGAGCCCAGCUUCUCGGACAUCGCAAGCCUCGUGGUGUGGUGUAUGGCCGUGGGCAUUUCUUACAUUAGUGUCUACGACCACCAAGGUAUUUUCAAAAGAAAUAAUUCCAGAUUGAUGGAUGAAAUUUUAAAACAACAGCAGGAACUCCUGGGCUUAGAUUGUUCCAAAUACUCACCAGAGUUUGCAAAUAGUAAUGACAAAGAUGAUCAAGUUUUAAAUUGCCAAUCGGCAGUGAAGGUGCUGUCCCCAGAAGAUGGAAAAGCAGAUAUUGUGAGAGCUGCUCAAGACUUCUGCCAGUUAGUAGCUCAGCAGCAAAAGAAAUGCACAGAUUUGGAUGUAGAUAUGUUAGACAGUUUACUUAGUUCAAAUGGUUUCCCUGAUCCUGAUUUAGUAUUGAAGUUUGGUCCUGUGGACAGCACACUAGGCUUUCUUCCCUGGCACAUCAGGUUGACUGAGAUUGUCUCUUUGCCUUCCCACCUGAACAUCAGUUAUGAGGACUUUUUCUCUGCCCUUUGUCAAUAUGCAGCCUGUGAACAGCGUCUGGGAAAAUAGUGAUCCCUGGUUGUGUAAUUUGAUUUCAGGCUUUUGGAGAAAAGGACUCAAGUGACUCUGAUGUUUACAAAGCACCUAUGAAACCCUGUACACACCUAGUUCAUAAUCCUCAUAAUUUAUCAACAAACACAAAAAAGUGUCUUACUUGAGAGUAAGAGUACAUGUGAGUGAAUGAGUGUGUGUGUGAGUGUGUGUGUGUGUGUGUGUGGAAAUAAACUUAUAAAUGGGGGAAGUAUUGGAGGAGGAUAUAUGUGGACUUGCACCUUUGAGCAAAUAGCAGCGAUGUUUUAGGAGCUGAAAUUUCAGAUUUACAGGCUUCAGCCCCAACUACUUCCCUUUUUUGUGGGGAGAGAAAGGGGUGGUUAAAGCUGUUUUGUUGUUCUUUGGGGGGGAGGGGAAUAACUUUUGUUCAUUCUUUCCAAGUGACCAAACUUUAAUUUUUAAAAAUAGUAUAUUGACGUAUUAAAUGGAAGCAUUCUGAGUUUGAGGGAUCUCCAGAGGAAUGGAGUUCUGUGUUGUUCACAUGUUGAAAGUUUGCUCACCUUUGGAGCAGAGGGAAUACGUAUUUUCAGACAUCCGUCCAUUUUCAUCUCUUCGUUAUUGUCAGUGUGACUUGAAAAUGUCGCUCUGUUGUCUGUGUUCUGGGUUGUGAAGAUCACUUGAAAAAGAACUCUUACAACAUUGAAAUGCAGAAUUAAAAAAAUUUUAAAUAUUGUGUGAGGCAGUCAUAAAAGGUGAAAAGGUUGUAAUCUUAAAAGUAAAGGUGAAACUUUCCUGAAUAAGGAAAGAAAGUUUUGAUCUCCUUUUCUGUUUGGUGGGCAGUGGGCUAGAUAGUACCCAAAGCUGGUUUAAAAAAUUUCCAUUAACUGUGUUUAUUUAAAUAAGCAUUUGAGGGAAAUUACCGAGGCAGCUCUUUUCCUCAAAAGUAACCUGUUCCUCUUUGGAAUAGCACAUUUAGGACCAUGUUAGUACCCAGGAUUUUUACUUAAUAAAUCCUGACGGUGACUUUGCAUAAAAAUAUGAUCUUUAAGUAAGAUUGAGGCCUGUGUAGGUAAUAAAACAUUACCAAAGUCUACAAAAGUAAUUUAAUUUUGCAUGUUCUCUUUCAUGGCAGAGAACAGCACUGGUUCUGUUCAUUUUUAAAUGAAGAAAUGAUUUUUUGAUAGGUGUUUAGUUUUUCUUCCCUCACUGCUGAUACUCGGACAGAAACCAUUAUUCUUUAUAUUUGAUGGGCUGUUUUCAGAAGAAUCUUAUUAACAAGUGCACAAUAGUUAUCCAAAAUUGUAUGUUUAGAAUGGAGUAGUUUAAAAACUAGGUCUCAGAGUCUGAAAAAUAGCAAAGAAGACUGGAUUUGGAAAGCAAGGUCUGGAAUUGCUUGCCAAAUUCUGAGGCUACGAAGAAUAAAUGUUUUGACUUUGGAUUCCAAAACCCCAUUUAUGAUUUUAAAAAACACUUGAAAUAAAACGAUAUAAACUAAAUUUUGGUUCAGUGACAUUACUUUGCACAUUGUAGUUCUUUUGUACAUUGUGAGACUUUUUUUUUUAAGUCUUAAUUUAUUGCUAAAAGCUUUGUGUGAUGCUACAGCAUAUCUCUAAAUUUUACCAGAGAAUUUUUUAUUUCUGUUCCCCUGUACUGUCAUGCAUGUUCUAUUGAGGCUUUUUGGCCUUAGUUGAAGACUGAAUUUAUGCCUUUUAUAAACAUGUGUCUUUUUUAAACAUUCUGGAAUAUAUAUGGUUUUAAUGAAUUAAAUUUAAUGGGCCCGAUUGAAGUGAAGGGAUUUAAUAAUAUUUGUUCAAAUGAAGUUAGGCAAAUAAAUUAUCCACUGCAAUAUAGCCAAAGCCACUAAAGGUUUAAUAGUUGAGUCUUUGUAUUUUUAUUUCUUCUUAUAUUUCACAGCAGUGUAGUGUUACACAUUACAGUAAAUCUGUAACCUGUGACCUGAGUCUGUUAUAGUCCUAAGUAGGAAGAGACCCUUAAAACAAGUUGCUGAGGAUUCUGAUUUCAGAUAUAGGCAUUCCAGAUCCUUCCCAUGAGUUUAACUGUUAGUACAGUCUCCACAAUUUGAAUGACAUCAGUCAUUCUGUAAUUCCUGCCCAAAUCAUCUACUAGUUAUGCAUUAUCAGCGGUCCCUUUGCACUCCCAAGAAGAACUGAUAAAAACUUUAAAGAAACGUGUUGUUUGUCUUGAUGUGUUUUGAAGAAUAUUGUCUUUAAAUUGUUUCUUCUUGACACUGCCCACAAUGGAAAAAUUAUCAAAUUAAACCUACCUUAUGGAUGGCAGCUUGGAGCUUAGCAAGAGGUUGGAGGGUUUGAAUUCCAUUCCCAAAUUCUGGUUGUGUUUUGUUUCUUAAUACUGAUUACUGUUAGAAAGUUUGAAAGCUGGUUUUGAUGUGAAUAGCAAAUUCUGGUAUAUUGUGACUAAGGCUUAAUAAUGCCUUCUUGAGAGAAGAAUGUGUUAUAAUGUUAAUGAACAGUGCCAAAUACACUGUACACAUCUACAAUUUAAUCUUUGAAUGUAUGUUACUUGAUUAGUUCCCUCUUUCUGUGUGAUGGUACCAUGCAUAGAGUCAAAUCCUUGUGAUGUUUUGUAUGGCUGUAGACUUUGGCAACAUGUAAAUAAUGUGUAAAGCAAGUUUUUAUGAUUAAGGAAUCAAAUUUAUUGAAUUUUACUAUUGAAAGUUGAAACGACAUGUAUGAACAAAAACAAUAAAAGAAUAUACACUUUUCAUGGACUAUAGUAUUAUGUGAAUGCUACAUUCUAAACAUGUAGGGACUGCAAAAAUGUAAUGAGAAACUCAUAUGACAAGAUAACAAUACUAUUUUUUUGGAUGGUAAGUUCUUGAUUGAAGUAUAUUCUCAUUUUUACCAGAUUAAACAUUUGGAAUCGUAAAAUGUUAUUUGCUUUUUGCCAGGUAACAGGUAAAAUUCAGCUUCGCCAUUGGUAAAAUUGUCAAAAUUCCACAGUAAUUAAAAUCUGAACAGUUUUUUACUGAAUAUGGAAUGCCAAGUUGAAAAUGUAUAUGUGUACUCUUUUAAAAAGGAAUUUGACGUUCUCGUUAAACCAGGAAAUAGAAGGGUAAGAGCUAUGGUUUGUCUUACGUUGCAUAGAGUAUUCACUUUCUAACUCGAGGAUCUAAUUAUAAGAUAGCUGGCUUUUUAUGCAUAAUUUCUAUCUGAAAUUGUUUCUCAAAGGUCACCUUUUAACUUUAGUUAAUAGGAAAUGCCUUUAACAAAAGUUAGUGUAGGAAAAGUUCAAGACAGUUUGAAAUAAAACCCAGGAAACAAGAAUACGGCCAGAAUCCUAGUCGAUAGGACAUAAACUGAUAAAAUUGGUGGAAAAGGGAAGUGCAAAAAAUUUGCUUGCGACUUGAAUAAAAAAUACACAUUCAUUCUAAAAAAAAAAAAAGAAU